GGUGAUUUUUAGAACGGGAUUAUUGAUAUUGUCGCGGAUGAUUCCUGAUUGAGAACCCCUGUAAAAUCCAAUGCGGGUUUAAAAGUGUAUGAAACCCCCCGGAUUUGGUUAGGUUUUUUUGUGUGAUUGGAUCAAACCCUUCGUAUACCGUGAUGGCGAGCCUCCCAACCGAACUGUUGAUUUGAGAGAACUGCAGACGGAGAAAUCCUUUGCAAACCCUUGGAUUAGUGUUUACUACUGAUCAGGUGGAAUUCAUUUCAUUGUGUAUAUUCUGAUCGGAGGGAAAUCAGAUUUUCCUUCAUUGAUUUCUUUGCACUACUGACUGUUGAAACACAGUUCUCAUCUACAUUGAAGGACUUUUGCAUACACUAACAUAUCUUUUCAUUCGGAUGACAAAAGAACAUUCAUUUAUACACAGACUGAGAAGAUAUUGACUGAUAUCGCUUGAUUGUUCAAAGAGUUAAACUGUUCUAAUUGAACUAUUGUGAUGAUGUACUUUUAAAUGAUGUACUUUUCUUUAUUUUGAUUGUUUUAUUUGGGUAAAUCUUUUCUAUGAGUAAAAUAUAAAAGGUUGAACCGGAAAACACUAAAACCCAAAUAUAAGAAAAGCUCUUAUUAAACUGAAAGUUAGUGAAACUAAAUAUCUAUAAACCAAAAUAGAAACUAAACAACUUAUACAUAAAUCAAAUAACUAGGAGCAAAUAGAAGAUAAACUAUUUAAAUAGUUAACAGAGCUAAAAGAUAAAAGAACAACAAACAAUUAUUUCAUUUGUUUUAUUUGUUUCAUUUUAUUAUUUUUGUGAUUGUGUUACAUUUGUUUCCAGUAUUAUUUUGCACUAACAAAAAUACAAUUCAGUCGUUUUCUACUUAUUAUCUGUGUCCUAGUGUGCCUUAAUUAUUUACACUCCUGUAACGAGCCUAAUCACUGGUCCAAUAUCAGGUAUUUAGAGCAACCUGUACCUGUUUUAGAAACUGUUGUUACAGAAGUGGCGAGCCAGCAGCCAGGAGUGGUAUAGUUUGUAAAGUUUAAAAUUUUAAAAAGGCACAAAGAAGAAAAAAUCAAACUAAGUGGUGCAAAUAGUCAAAAUGGAAGUAAUUGAGCUUGAAAACGUUGUAAUUGAAAAUGCAGUAAUAAUUAGGGGACUAACCAACACAGAAAUUGAUGAAGAUCUAACUGACUUCCUAAACAAAUAUGGUAGAAUCCAUAGACACCUUACCAUAGACGAUCCCAAAUCGCCUCACCAUAAAGAAGUCAUUGUAGAGUAUGGCAGUCAUUCUGCAAUAGUGGCUCUGAAACCCCUGUUGCCCUACACUUUCAAUAGCCCACACAACGUAGCUUACCACAUAAAGCUUCUAGCAAGUGUUUAUGCAUCAGCAGUAACUGAGAGUGCCACAACCCAUUAUUUUGCUGAAUUAAAGAAGGUAGCAAAGCUCAGUGGGAAAACUUUCGACGAUCUCUUGAAAGAGCAGCUUCUUGCAAAUGCAACUGAUGUUGUUGACAAUCCAGCAGAUGUAGAUGACCGUGAGUCAAUUAAAAUUACUGGUCACACUCUUUCUGACAUAAUGUUUCCAACCAAGCGAACUGAGCAUUCAGAUGAGAGAUGGAACUCUGAGACAGCCCGAAGAGUUAGUACAGGAAGUUUCUCACCCACACUUGAGACAAAAGAUGUAAACCCACCUGAAGUCCAAAGAAUGAUCAUUGAGCACAUUGUAAAAAGUGAGGGAGCUUCGAACUCUAGUGCGUCAUUCAGGCUAAGAGUGUUCUCAGGCAAAGUUCCCAGACCGAUUAGUGAAGUUGAUUAUGAUACCUGGCGGAACAGCGUAGAGUUAAUUCUCCAAGAUCCUUCUCUGUCUGACUUAUAUCGUUCCAGGAAGAUCUUAGACAGCCUGCUCCCGCCAGCGUCGGAGAUUGUCAAGCAGUUAGGUGCAAAAGCCUUACCUGCUGCUUACCUUGAUGUUCUUGAUAGUGCUUUUGACACCGUAGAAGAUGGUGACGACCUCUUUGCUAAGUUUUUGAACACGCUGCAAAAUGCAGGGGAAAAACCUUCCUUGUACUUACAACGAUUGUACACCAACCUUCUCAAAGUGAUGAAAAGAGGCGGUAUUCCUGUCCAUGAAGCUGACCGACAGCUCCUGAAACAAUUCUGUCGAGGCUGUUGGGAUGAGACUCUAAUAACUAACCUUCAGCUUGAACAAAAAAGGAACAAACCACCUGCUUUCCCUGAGCUACUUUUGCAAUUGAGAAGUGAAGAAAACAAGUACUUCACAAAAGAAAGUCGCAUGAAGCAGCACUUAGGAGUACAGAGACAGAAAGCUAGUUCUCAUGUCGUCACUGCUAAUCCUCUUGAUCUUAACCACAAUGAAGUUUCAGAACAUACAGAAGUGGCCGAAUUAAAGAAACAAAUCGCUAAACUUCAGAGCCAGCUUUCUAAGCAGAGGAGCGUAUCGACAAGACAAAGUGAAUUGCCGUCAAAUGAUGCUGUUCUUGAGCUAAAGCAACAAGUCACAGAACUCCAGAGUCAGAUGACCAAGCUCAGAAUACAUAAAAACUCAGAGCCAAAGAGCAAUUUAAGCAAAUCAAAGCAAGGAAACACACAAGUUCGCAAAGACCCUCCUACAGCUGACCAUAAGCAACCUCACAGGCCUAAACCAGGCUAUUGCUUUCGAUGUGGCGAGGAUGGACAUGUUGUUUCAAUUUGUGAGAAUGAUCCAAGCCCAUCCCUUGUUAAUGAUAAGAGAAGGCAGUUAAAAGAACGUCAAGUCCAAUGGGAUAGUCAGUAUGGUCCAAGUGCCUCAGAAACUUUAAACACCACCCAGCUCUUGUAG